AUGAACAUUUUUAAAUUUCUUCGCAAUCAGGGGAUUCCUCAGGAAGUUUUUCCUGUGCCCAGCCAUCCAUUCUCAUAUAUUUAUGAAAAAUAUCAACAGUCCAUGAAAUGUGUGCCGAGUGUUACAUUUGUUGCCUCCGGACAGAAGCCAAAAAUGACAGAAUCGAUGCUGCAGAGCAACCCGGAUGCAGAAAUCACGAUCCUACUGGGGCAGAUGCAGUACAAGUGCAAGCUUCAGGCUUUUCGGAUCUACACUAAGCUGUUCGAGGAUUCCGACAGCGGGGACAUUGUGAGUUUGCCCGAAGAGAAGAUAAGUGCCAAGUGGUUCGAGGUCGUCUACGCUUGGAUGACCCACAACGUGGUCCACUGCGAGUGCUCCCAACUUCUGGAGCUUCUGAUGGCUUCCGAGUACCUCACGUGUUUGGAAUUGAUCCAGAGUAUCGUCGAAUGUCUGCACGAUAAAAACAUCUUCUUCGAACUGAUCGCCUUUGAUUGUUACAAGGCAGCCAUGCAAAAGGGAAUGUACACUCUUGCCGCGCAGUUGUUGAUGCGGGUUGGCAAGAGCUUUCUGAUCUUGGUGGGAACCAUGGAUUUUCGGGAGAUGAGUGAUGCCCACUGCUGCCUCCUACUUGGCAGGGACGGUCUGGCUGUGCAUUCUGAAAUUGAGACUUUCUGUGCAGCCUUCAUUUGGUUAUUUCACAACUUUAACGAUCGCAUACAGUACAUUGGUAGUCUACUUGAAAUGAUAAGAUUCUCCCAGAUGCCCCGCAUAUUUCUCCAAGGUUUGUUGGAAUAUCUGCCGAAAUUGAAGCCGGAACUGGCAAAUCAGCUGCUUGUCUUCAUCGAGAAGGCAAUGCUUCCUCAGCAAGUUGAAGUCAACGCCUUCGACUCGCACGAUAUGGACCGUAAUUGGAUCGAAGACUCGCAAGGUCACUAUGAAAAAUACUUGAAAAAGGGAAACUACAGAAAAAUAACCAUAGAAAGUUUUGGUGAGUAUAUCCGGUGGACUCAAACUUGCCCCCAUGAGUAUUUUGAGAUCUUCAAGAAAGUCGCGACUGAUACAGCACCAACGGAGGAGAAUGAUUCUAAUAAAGUAGUUGAGAAUGAAAUUGAAGACGCAUCUACAUCCAGUUCCUUGGAACCUAGUCCGUCUACUUCCGAGGGUGACCAAAGGAUGAGGACUUCGCAUCUUGAUUUAAGUAGUGUACAAAAUUUUACUUGGACGGGUAGCGUACCGGAAAUGAAGUUUAAGCGCUACCAUGGUAAAAAGAGUCUCUAUGAGCGGGUAUUUGAGGAUGAUAGUGAAGACGAAAUUGAAGGCGUAUCUAAUUGUACUGCCUCGGAACCUAGACCCUCCGAGGGUGACCCCCAGACAAGUACUUUGAUUGACCUCCAACCUGGGACAGAACCCUCGGAAGAUGAAUAUAGGACAGGUGAAGUGAAGAAUAUAGAAAUGCCGUGGUGGUACGAAUUAGAUAAACCGGUAAUGGAGAACAAACUCUGGAAAGAAAAGGAGAAAAAAAAUGACGAUAAUUUAAGAUCUAAGAAUUUAAAAUCUAAUACUCUUUUUGAUAGAGUAUAUGGCUCAUUAGAUAGAUUAGAUUGCGUUGAGGCCGAGUUUAGUACCACGGACGCCGAACCUACCACUAGUACAUCAGAGAUAGAAGCUGGGUCUCCUACCUCAGAUAUAAAUCCUGAAGACUAG